UUUCGACGGCCAUCACUGUUAUUUUGAGCAAAUGGUAUUAUACGUAUCAAAUUGCACCUAUUUUCUAGCAGGAGUGUUUCUGAGAAGGCAGUCUUGUGGCCAAAGACCUAGGGAUUACAUCCACGAGAGAGUCAAGAUAAGGAGAAGUGUUUCUUGAGAGAGGAGAUGUAGCGGUGUAUCCUGAGAGCAGGUCCUGUCUUGAGGUCCAUCAACUUCACCAUCAUCGGAGGAUCCAGAGACAGCAG